AUGCGCAAUUAUGCUAGACUCAACAAGGAAGCCCUCUGUGUAGACGCCGCUGGCACUGACUGGAGCACGAUCGUGGCAGCCGACUCCAUAAAUGAGAAGGUAAGCCUAUUGAAUGAGACCAUUGUUACACUCUUUGAUCGUCAUGCCCCACUUCGUAUGGUUAAACUUAAAAGACCACCAUGUCCAUGGAUCACUCUGGGAGUUCGAAUGGCUAUGAGAAAGCGCAAUAAAGCAUUCAGCAAGUUUAAGCGCGAUCGCUCAGAGAUUAACUGGACUUUCUACAAAGAGGCAAGAAAUCGUUGCAACCAGAUGGUAAGAUCUGCUAAACGUCAUUACUUUCAUGACCAUAUAUCCAAUUUAUCCGCGGCCGACACCUGGAAGUUUCUCAAAAGUCUUGGGUUUGGUAAAAGUGUAUCCAAGGCUCUUAACCUUCCUUUCUCCUCUGAUGAUAUCAAUACUCACUUUUCGUCUGCCUCCUGCCUUGAUGAUACUACUAGAACACAAACCAUUUCUAAUAUUACUUCUAUGCCACUCCUUCUUUCCGAGUCUUUUUCUUUCUCUUUGGUAUCUUCUGACGAUGUGCGCAAAGCGUUACUCUCCAUUAAAUCUAAGGCUGUUGGUCAUGAUGCUAUUAGUCAUCAAAUGGUUUUGCUCCUUCUUGAUUUCAUUCUCCCUGUUCUUACCCAUAUAAUAAACUUUUCGCUAAGUACGGGAGCAUUCCCUUCCUUGUGGCGUAAAGCUUUUGUGCUGCCCUUGCCAAAAAUCACCAACCCCACUUCAUUAAGCGACCUUCGGCCCAUUUCUAUUUUGCCUUAUUUUUCAAAAGUUCUAGAAAUACUUGCUCUAUCCCAAUUAUCUUCCCUCGUCAUGUCCAACAGCCUGCUUAGCCAUUUUCAGUCUGGAUUCCGCCUUGGUCAUAGCACCAGUACUGCCCUGCUCAAGGUUACUGAGGACAUUAGAGUUGGUAUGGACCACGGUAAGAUAACUGUGCUUGUCCUUAUUGAUUUCUCCAACGCAUUCAACACAGUUGACUACGAGGUCCUGCUAGCGCUUAUGUCACUCUAUAAUCUCUCCACGACCGUCCUAGAUUGGCUGUCAUCCUAUCUCCGCGGUCGACAACAAACUGUCCGCCUCGACCAGACCCUUUCUUCGUGGCGAGAUCUGUCUUCUGGUGUCCCUCAGGGUGGAAUCCUGUCUCCACUACUCUUCUCUAUUUUCAUUGAUUCCCUUACAACUCGACUUUCCACUUCUUACCAUCUAUAUGCUGACGAUCUUCAACUUUACCAUUCAUGCGAUGCUAACGAUAUUAACUCAGCUGUAGCGCUGUUAAAUAAUGAUCUGUAUCACAUUGCUGAGUGGUCGAAAGAGUUUGGUAUCUUUGUGAACCCGAAAAAGUGUCAGGCUAUCAUUGUGGGUAGUUCUGGGCAACUUAGCAAGUUAAAUUGUGAAACUGUGUCUCCUAUUAAAUUUGGUCAUAAUAAUAUUCCUUUCUGCCCUAGCGUCAAAGAUCUUGGGUUGCAUAUUGACCCCACUUUCAGCUGGGUAAAUCAAGUUACCGAACUUGGUUGGCUGCCUAUUCCUCUUCGUCGCAAAGCUAGAAUCCUAUCCAUGCUGUAUACAAUUCUCAACGACCCUUGUGCUCCAGAUUAUCUUAAAUCGAAGUUCCCACUUUUAAGCGCUACACACGCUCGAUCUCUUCGCUCUUCUGAAAACCUUCUUCUGGCCACUCCUGCUCACCGCCUGGGAUUCAUGUCGAAUUCAUUCCAAGUGCAAGCCAUCAGAUUGUGGAAUUCUCUUCCUGAAUCUAUUCGGAAGGCGCCUAAUAGAUUUGCAUUCAGGGAGCAAGUCCACGAUCUUCUUUUUGACCAGUAG